AUUAUAUUUUUUAUAAUAUGUGUUAAAGCUCAUCUCAGCAUCAAAUACCAAGCGUUUAUACACCAAGCAUGAAAAGUGACAUGUCAAAGGGUGAACCUUUAGACUUCAGUAAUGAAGCUGUGAGCUCAUCUCAGCAUCAAAGACCAAGUGUUCAUUUACCAAACAUGGACAGUGAAAUAUCAGAGGAAGAACCAUUAGACUUCAUUGAUGAAGCUGUGGGCUCAUCUCAGCAUGAAAGACCAAUUGUGCAUUCACCAAGCAUGAAAAGUGACAUGUCAAAGGGUGAACCUUUAGACUUCAGUGUUGAAGCUGUGAGCUCAUCUCAACAUCAAAGACAGAGCGUUCAUUCACCAAACAUGGACAGUAAAAUAUCAGAGGAUGAACUAUUAGACUUCAGUGAUGAAGCUGUGGGCUCAUCUCAGCACGAAAGACCAAUCUUACAUUCACCAAGCAUGAAAAGUGACAUGUCAAAGGGUGAACCUUUAGACUUCAGUGAUGAAGCUGUGGGCUCAUCUCAACAUCAAAGACCAAGCGUUUAUUCACCAAGCAUGAAAAGGGAAAUAUCAGAGGAUGAACCAUUAGACUUCAGUGAUGAAAUUGUGCGGCAAGACAUUUGCUCAUCUCAUCAUGAAAGACCAAUCGUACAUUCACCAAGCAUGAAAAGUGACAUGUCAAAGGGUGAACCUUUAGACUUCAGUGAUGAAUCUGUGGGCUCAUCUCAGCAUCAAAUACCAAGCGUUUAUACACCAAGCAUGAAAAGUGACAUGUCAAAGGGUGAACCUUUAGACUUCAGUGAUGAAGCUGUGAGCUCAUCUCAGCAUCAAAGACCGAGCGUUCAUUCACCAAGCAUGAAAAGUGACAUGUCAAAGGGUGAACCUUUAGACUUCAGUGAUGAAGCUGUGGGGAGUAAACCUGCUGGAAAUGCUGGAAUUCUGUUGCAAAACAGAUUCACUCCGCUCCAAGAUGUGAACCAGGAUGAUCUCUACAACUAUCAAAGUGUUCCUAAUGAAACUCAAUCUAAAAAAGCCAGGACAGCUAAUAAAGGAACAAAUGCCAAGGGUAAAAACAAGCUAAGGAAAGUUAUCCUUAAGGAGCUGCAUCAAUAUAAAGAUGAGCCAGAACUCUGUGAGAUGGUGAAGUUUGAUGAAAAUGGGAAAAAGGACACAGUCACGUACAAACAAUUAUUUUCCCAAAAUGAUACCUCCAAACCCAUGCGAACAGUGCUCAUGACAGGAGUCCCUGGUAUUGGUAAAACAUUCCAAAGAACAAUGUUCAUGAUCGACUGGGCAAAUGGAAACUCAAACAAGGACAUAAUGUUCUUAGUGUCCCUUUCUUUCACUGAACUGAAUAAACAGAAUGAUAAAGAAACAAGUAUGAAGUCUCUACUUAAGGACUUUUUCAGUAAAAAAAAAUUAGUAGUCUCCAUCGAAGACAAGGAUAAAAUAUGUUUUAUUCUUGAUGACCUGGAAAAAUGCAGACUUCCCCUUGACUUUAAAAACAGCAAGGAACUGAAAGACUUGAAGGAACCUGCUUCAAUGGAUGUGCUGCUAACAAAUCUGAUCAAAGGAAACUUGCUUCCUAAUGCUCAUCUUUGGAUAAUUUCUCGACCAAAAGGAGUUGACAAGAUCCCUUCUGAAUAUAUCCAGAAAACUGUUCAAUGUCAAGAAACUUCUGAGCGAUUGAAGAAGUUAGAAUCAAGACUGAAAGAAAGAUUCCUGUAUGCAGUCUUUGACAACAAAGAUGAAGUCAGUCAUCCUAACCAGAAAAACACUGAACACAUCAUUAGAAGAGAAAAUGGCUCUGAAGUAGAAGAAAGUAACAAAAAGUUUGAAAAAGUGAAUGUGCUUUCUGAGAUCUUCAAAGAUGGGAAAGUAAAGAAACCUAGAAUGGUGCUGACUAUUGGAGAAGCUGGCAUAGGAAAAUCUUUUCACAUGCAAAAAUGUAUAAACGACUGGGCUAAAAAUGAUAAGUCACUGCCAUUUUCCCCCUGGUUUAAAGAUACCAUCUCUGGCAAGACUAAAGAUGUUGAACUUUUGUUUGCACUUGACUUCUCAGAGCUCAGCUUUGUAAAAAAGAAAUCCAUCAGUUUGUUAGGGCUUCUCAACCAUUUCUACAAGGAAACCAAAGAUUUCAUCAUCUCUGACUAUUCCGAGUUAAACAUUUUGUUUCUUUUGGAUGGACUUGAUAAUUAUCAGCAUUCUUUAAAGUUUGGUUGCAAUAGAAAUUUGACUGAUGUCAGAGAACCAACCACAGUAGAUGUGUUACUUGUAAACCUCAUCGAAGGAAACCUGCUUCCAAAGGCCAAAGUUUGGAUAACCUCCCAGCCUUCAGCUGCUGAGAAUCUCCCUGAUGACUGUGUUGACAGGAUAACAGAAAUACGAGAAAAACCUGAUCUAAGAAGUCAUAAACAUCUCAAGAUUCAACUAAAAGAUCAAUUUACCCGUGUUUCUGAAGGGAUUGAUAGGCAGAAGACCUCAGCUCUUCUCAAUGAGGUCUUCACUGACCUUUACAUCAUAGAGGGGGAAGGAGCUCAAAAUGAAGCCAUGGAGGUUCAGGAUGCAAAGUUCAAAAUAGUAAAGGAAGAAACAAUUAUCAAAUACUGUGACAUUUUCAAACCUGACACUGGUAAUCAAAAUGUUAAAACUGUGCUUACCACUGGAGUGGCAGGUAUAGGAAAGACCUUUGCCUCAAUGAAGUACAUUCUUGACUGGGCAGAGGGCAAAGCAGCAGAAAACAUUUUUUUCAUUUUUCCACUUGCUUUCCGAGAGCUGAAUCUGAGAACGGGGAAAGAACACAGUUUAGAAGAUCUGAUUCAUCAGUUCUAUCCAGCGAUGAAAACCUCUGAAAUAACUGACUAUGACAAAUACGAGAUUCUGAUUGUUCUGGAUGGUUAUGAUGAAUGUCGUCUGGAUCUUGACUUCAGCGAAACAAAUUACUGGGAAGAUGUCAAAACACCAACCUCAGUAAAUGUUCUGCUGUCAAAUCUUAUCCUGGGAAAUCUGCUUUCAAAAGCUCAAGUCUGGGUCACCUCCCGACCUGCAGCAUCGAACAACAUUCCCCCAGGUAAAGUUGAUCGAAUGACUGAGGUAAGAGGAUUUAAUGACGAGCAAAAGGAAAAGUAUUUCAUGAAGAGAUUCAGUGAUGAGGAGAUGGGUAAAAAAAUCCUGUCACAUGUGAAGAAAUCAAGAAGUCUUUACAUAAUGUGUCAAAUCCCUGUUUUCUGUUGGAUUACAUCAAGGGUCUUGGAGGACUUUGUUAACAGACAACAAGAUGAAGGACUACCAAAAACUCUUACUGACAUGUAUACACAUUUCCUUCUGCUCCAGCGCAGACAGACAAAAGCAAAAUAUGAUGGUCAGUCAAGCUCUAGAAUUCAAUCAUGUGGGGAUAAAAGCAAUGACGAAACAAUUCUAUCUUUGGGGAAACUUGCCUUUAAGGGACUAGAGGAUAAAACCCUUCUCUUCACUGAAGAAGACCUGAGCAAUUGUGGAAUUGAUGCAACUAAAGCUGCAGUUUUCUCAGGGUUGUUCACUGAGAUCAAACGAGAAGACCACGGCCUGUACCAGCAGAAGUUGUUUUGCUUCGUCCAUCUAAGCAUUCAAGAGUACCUGGCAGCCCUCCAUGUCUUCUACUCAUUUAGUAACAAAAGGGAAAAUGUGUUCAUUGAACCUUCCUCAGCAACCUCAGAACUAACUGCCUCAGAGAUCUACAAGAAAGCAGUGGACAAGGCUUUUAAGAAUAAAAAUGGGGACUGGGACAUGUUUCUCCGCUUCCUACUGGGUCUCUCUCUGAAAACUAAUCAGGAUCUUCUUCACAAGCUUUUCAAAAUGACUGAAUAUAAUGAAGACACUAAAAAAGAAACAGCGGAGUACAUAAAAACAAAGAUCAGAGGGAACAACAGUGACCCAGAAAAAAAAAUUAAUCUUUUCUACUGUCUUAAUGAGCUGGAUGACCACUCUCUGGUUCAAGAAAUAAAAACUUACCUUCAGUCAGAAACAAAACCUUUUGAAAAUUUCUCAAAUUCACAGUGGUCAGCUUUGACUUUUGUGCUGCUGACAUCAGAUGAGAAGCUUGAAGUGUUUGAUCUUAAGGAGUACCAGAAAUCAGAGAAGGUUCUUCUGGAAAUGCUGCCAGUGGUCAGAGUCUCAAGAACUACUUUGCUGAGCUGGUGUGAGCUUUCUGAAGAAUCUUGUCGAAGUCUGACGUCCUCAGUGCUCAGCUAUCAAUCCUCAAAUCUCUCAGAGUUGGACCUGAGUCAUAACGAUCUGUUGGAUGCUGGAGUGAUGCACAUCGCUGAUGGGCUUAAAAAUAUAAACUGUAAACUUGAAAUCCUCAAGCUGGCAGGUUGUCAGGUGACAGAGAAAGGCUGCUUUUCUCUGGCCAAAGCUAUUGAGUCUAACAGAAUCUCCUCUCUCAAACACUUGGAUCUGAGUUACAAUCACCCUGGAGAUAAUGGGAUUAAGGCUCUCUCUGCAAUCGUUGAGAAUCCAGACAAGAAGCUUGAGAAAGUGUGCUUUGACCAUGGAGGGGCACUUCGGAUAAAGCCUGGUUGGAAUAAAUACGGCGCAGAUCUUAGGCUUGAUGAAAACACUGCAAGCAGACGGCUUGUUCUGACUGAAGAAAACAAAAAAGCAAAAACUGUAGUUAACGUGGAGGAGGCGGUCACACGAGCAAAAAGUGACAAAACAUUCAAGAGGACCCAGGUAUUCUGUGAAGAAGGCCUGAAGCAGCUUUGUUACUGGGAAGUGGAAUGGAAAGGCUAUGUGGGGAUUGCUGUGGCAUAUGAAGAUGUGGGUAGGACCUGGGACAGCAGUGGUGGCCUGGGAUGCAAUGAUAGGUCCUGGAGUCUGCUCUGCUCCAAGACUGGAUACUUUGCCAUGCAUGAAAAGACAAAAGAAAAAAUCAAACUUCCUCCUUGCCAAAAAAUAGGUGUGUUUCUGGACUGGGAAGGAGGAACUCUGAGUUACUACAGUGUAUCAUCAGAGAAACGGAGCCUGAUUCACACCUUCAAUGCAAAAUUCACAGCAGAAGUUUUCCCAGCAUUCUGGCUUCAGAAAGGCUCUGUAAGGUUGUGUGACCUUUAAAUUCAACAGUGAUGGACACAUGUUUGAAACAGUGUAAGCGUGGGAUAAAAUGGGCUUUGAAUUGAUAUGCCUGCAUUCCCUUAUCUUCUGCUCAUUCCUUAAACAAAUUGAGUCCCAGCAGCAGUCAUUGGACAGAAGACAUGAUAUACAUUGAGUGCUAUUUCAAAUAAUGACUUUGUAAAAAAAUUAUUUAGGCUACAGUUUUUAGAUUUAAAAGCCUGAAAGUACCUGACCACUUAGACCUUUCAAUUUAUAUUGAACACAUUGAUGGAAAUGCAGACUGCCACUGAGCAGUAGGCAAGUGGAUGCAAAGAUCCGAUUGUGUAAAACUGUUUUGGAGUAAUGAGAAAAAGGCUGCUGUUCUUAUUUAAAAGAUGUUUAGGCAUUAUAAAAACCCAAUGUAACCUUAAGCUAGAUGAAGGUUAGGUUUCCUGCUAGGGCUGCAAACUGUUGAGCUCAAGUUCAAACUUUAUUGGAAGUUAAGUUAGCACUAACCUUUCCUGCAGCAUCAAAACAAUACAUUACACUGCAGUAGAUUAUGCUAUUUUACAAAUACUGUUAAAACAAGCUUCUGUGUUUUACUUUAAAUCAAUAAUAUGAAAGGCUACUGACUAGUUUUUAUUACAUCUCCAUGCACAUUUUCAGCUUUAACAAAUACAAACUAGUGUUUCUUUUCACUAUUUUUUUUAACUUUUAAAAUGUUUCAAAUUUUACCUUUUUUCUGUAUUUUAUUAUGUCGAUAAUGAAAAACAGAUUUUCUGAUUCAUAAAACUAAUAUAGAGUAUGUAUGUUUUUACCCCUUUUUCUAAGAAAACAUGUCUUUAAAAACAUAUUUUCCUUGACAUUUUUAGUAUACAUUGUUACGCAAGUUUUUUUAAUAUAAUUUAAUAUUAAUUAAUGAUAUGGUGUUUUUAUAGAAGAGCUUUACAAUUAAAAUAAUAUCAUGAUUAAACAAUUUGAUUUCUUUUUGUGUUUGUCUCUAUAGUAAUAAGAUUUUAAUUCAGGCUUGUAAAUGUAAACACAUAUGCAAUGUAUACAAUUGUAUAGCAAAAGCAUUCUACCCCUUGGCAUUUUUCAUGUUUUAUUGCCUUACAACCUGGAAUUAAAAUGGAUCAUUUGAGAAUUUU